GUUGGCGAAUAUCGAGGUGCAGUCCUGGCUUGAAGUCGUUGCCAGCGCCGCGACAACAACAGAAGAAGAUGUUGAAACUCGUGCUGUCGACGCAAAUAAAACUACAGCCGUAAGGAAAGAGAUCGGAGCGGCAGAUGAAAGUGUAGUUGAUGAACAAAGGGAAACCACUGCCAGUAAAGAGACCACUGGCAGCACUACAAGCACCACCGCAGGCUCAGGAACAUCGUCCACCCCGGUCGUGUGUCGGCAGACGCUGCAACGGAUAAAGGACCAGAUCGAGAAGCAGUUCGACUAUUGGCAGUCGGAAUUUCAGGACUGCUGGGACUUGUGGCAGUUGUCCACGGAAAAGCUGCACAAGACGGUGGCGAACAAGAACAAAAAACUGGAAGAUUUGGAGCGGAUCCUGCUGUGGAACCAGGAGCUGCAUCAGCAGGUCGCAGCCGGGAAUAAUAAUCCGGUGGAAAGUGGUUCUACUCAUGCGGAUUUUGCCUCGCCAACAUUAGCCACGGAAGAGAGCAAAGGUGCAGCUGCGACAUCAACAGCAGAUAAAUCCAGUGAUCAUGGCGCAACAACGAGCGGCCCAAUGAGCAAACAGGAAGCAGCUCCUACUUCAGUUACAGAGGCGGUUUUGUCAACAAAGACAAGCAAUCCACGCAGCAGAACGUUACACACGAGCGGUAUCCGAGGGAAGAGCGCAGCGACCGCCGGCGCGAACGGGUAUCGAGUUGUGGUUCGCAAAAGCAAGCGCACCGGAGCUUCAGGCAAGCAAGACACGACGCUGUUUUCAAACGGUUUUCUGCACCUACAAACCUUCUCGAAACAGUUGUUGCCGAGCCGGCAGCAGUCGCAACCUGCUUGUGCCGGCAGCGGUGGCUCGUGCGGCGGGGAAAGUAAAGAAGAAAAAGCUCCUCUUUCUGAAGGAUCGAACGCCAGUAAGAACGCUCCGGUGAUGGGGGCCAGUGCCACCAUCUCAGAAACUGCUGGAGAGGUCGUGAAGACUUGUUCCAGCUCUGGCACUGCAGAGCCGGCUCCUCAUCCGCAUUCUGAAGAUGCAGGAGCACUCACGGUGGACCCGGACGUGAUCUCACUGGCAGCAAAUAAAACUGACGGCCCUGGGCUGGGGAAUCGCGGAGGUCAAGAUCCAGUCCACCAAAAUGCACUUAGUGACACCGCGGAGGCUACGUCUGAUGAACGCAAAGUACCAGAACCAGCGGAGCACGCUGGUACCGCUUCGCUUUCUGAGGGGGCGCAGGAGCAAGGAAAAGCCGAAACAAAAGUUGUUGCCAAACGCAAUCAAGAGCAGGAACCCACACAAGCUCCUGCGGCAACAUCUCUCGUUUUAUCAGCGACCGCAGCCGACACACCUCCUGACGGAGAUCCUGAGUCCAUUGCCCCACCAGCAGACGAGCAGGAGAAGAAGCCAGUAGGUGUUCUUCCUGCUACUGCUCCUUCAAUUGCGACCGCAGCCCAACAACUACACAGUGCUUCAUUCGACAACUACAGCACCGCGGUGGAAGAAACUACGAUGCCCUUGGUGUCUUCCUCGGAGGAGGAGGACGAGGACGAAGAUUCCGCUGAUUUUUCGCCGAUAACCUGCCGGGAAAACAUCUCCAGCGACGAAGACGACGAGGAUGACAUUGUUCCACCGAGGUUACUAGACGACGGAGGUCAUGAUGAUCUAAGGGAUCAGCCUGAAGCUCCUUCAGGGGUAGCUCUUGUGCCCUGCAUAGUGUCCUCUCCGGCGGUGUUUUCCUCGAAUACUACCUCUCCACACGACCAAGAGAACGAAGAGCCGUUUAACAAUAGUGCUCGCCCGAGCGCUCGCUGCAGCUUCCAGCUCGCGGAGAUUUUGGAUUCGCCGAGCGGGGCAGGAGGAGGAAGGCUUGAGCAGUUAAAGUUUGACCUGGAUACGGGGAAGCUAGACGCAGAUGUAGUAUUCACAUCGGCUGUGCCGCUGGGAGUGAACGCAGAUACACUUAGUAGCGCUGAAAAGCAGGGGCUGCAAGAUUCGCCGCCCGGAGAUCAUGCCGAACAAGCGAAGGUUGCAAACGGUGAGAGGGGCGCACCUGAAGACACCGAGGAGAAACCUACCAUCGCUGGCACAACUCCCGACCCGGUGCCCCUCGCGGAGCGCCUGGCGCGCAGCUCUUCCGCCAAAAGAAGAAGCGAGUGCUCGUCUGGUGUCAAGGUGCAUAGCUUUGGACAACAAGGUGAGACUCCUCUUGCAGCUCGAGUGUCAACAACGACCCACCCGUCCGCAUCGCCGGUGGAGGUUAAUAAGACGGAUGUUGAUAUUCUUCCGGAAGUUAAAACUGGCGGAACUUCUGCUUCUCAUUCUACUACCACAACAGCACCACCUCCACCCCCUUCUGCUCCCGAACCGGCGACGAACGAGCCGAUUCUGCAUAUGCCAGGAUAUCAGCUCACCACGAACAACUUCUACUCGGCGCACGGAAACAGGAACUUCUAUGGACCCCUGCUCGAGUACGAUACCAUCGUCAGCCGCACGUUCGCCUUGCCGGACGAGGUUUCCAUCUGUUGCGCCUACGUGAUCGCAAAUCUGCUGUUGCUGGAACUGCACCAGAGCGUGCACGCCGUGCCAGACGGCUUUCAGAGACUGAAACUGCUGGUGUCGUUACUCGGCGGCGAGAGCAGUCGGGAGAUGAAAAGGAACAACGACUACAGGAACGGCCAACUUCUACGGGGGGGUAAAAAUAGCAGUUCUAGUAGUCCGGUAGUUCUUGCAGCAGGUGCAUCAAACAAAGAGCACCAGGGUCAAGAAGAAGAGAACGGGAACCUUCAAGAACACAGCAAGAGUACAUCAAGCGGAACAACUCAGAACGGUGCCUCAAAUCGAUUUCGAAGCGAAAACAAAGCGGUAAUGUCCACCUCGUCUACUUCAUCUGCACCACCCACUGCUGCUAGUACCAGCACGACCAGCGCCGCCUGCGCAUCUAAGCCUUCUGGUUCGGCGUGUUUCUAUCACCUUCGCCCCUUCAUUGCGCUUCAACUGCUCUACCGUGGGCGCGAACUGACCGAACUGCUGCAAUUCGUCGACCUCGCGAGCAUCGACCGGGCGGAAUACCGAAAGCUGUGCUACUACCUGCAAAAGUCAAAAACGCCGGAAGAUUUCCUCACCAAGACGGGCAGCACCGGGGCGGCAGUAACAACCACGGCGACAACUACAACAUCUUCGUGCUCUCCGAGGAACGAACACAAUUCAACACCGCGAGAAAAUAAUAAGAGUAGUCGCGGCUCGUCCACGUUGAACCCCCCUAUUCAAAGUGGAGUUCCCUCGUCCUCUGCCUCUGGUACAACUACUGCAGCUGCGCCCGCACGCAGCAAGCUGAGCUCCACGUCUUUGACGAUUAUCAGUGGAUUAAUCCUCGACGCGAUGCACGCCUACUUGAAGUUUUGUUGCGAGGUUUUGUGCCAGAUCAGCAUCCAAUCGCCGAAACUACAGAACAACGUCUUGACGCUGAGCGACGUUAUGGUUCUGGUGGAGCACCAACACCAAGCGGGGUCGGUGGGGAAGAAAAGGAGGAAAACGACGAUUUUUGGAGGAGGAUCUCAGCGCACCUCUACCUUGAGUUCUUUGUCGGGGAGAAAGGACUUUGCAACCUCCACUACGCCUGGAGUGGUGUCGCUAGGUACCAUUCUGAGUUCCGGCGGAGGUGUAGCAGAUGUAGAUGAUGCAAGAGCCACGGCACAAGCUGCGCAAGAGCUGGAGAACGACUUACACGCACUGUCGAUUGAGGAAGCGGAGCAAUUUCUCGCCGAGAUCAACGCCUUUGUAUCCCUUCUCGCCUCGAAUGAAAACUGUCCGAAAGUGUUUUCGGGCGAACAAGAAGAAGAUCUACUAUUGCCACCGGAAGAGCAGGACGGCGCGAGCGCAACGGGAACGACAGCAAGCGGUAGUAGUUCUAAUCUCUUCGGUAAUAUUGACCCUAUGGAAGCGUGCUCCCCGCGGGCACACAUCAGCCAGCACGUGCUGAAAGCGGAAGGAAAAAGUCUCGGGAAUAGCCAUGCGAACAGGAACAAAAACAGCAGUUCAUCAUCUUCUUUGAGUAGGGCUGCGCAGACUUCUUCUUCGAGGAGACGACGGCCGGGUAAUGUAGAUAGAACGCCAAAAAGAAAAAAUCACAAACAGCAGUCGGACCAGAUCGCAGACGGGGAUGCAACAGCUACUUCUCUGUCGAAGCCACGAAAUUGGGGCCGGAAACACGCCGCGCUGACGUUCCAAUCAACGAAAUCACAGCUGUGCAAAGUCGCGAACAUACUAGAGCACGCGGUGCAGUUAUUGACGGUGGAAGAAGAAAGAUGGAGAGUGGUGUCUUCUCCUGAGAUGAUUGCGAACGACGAGGAGCUUGUGCCUUUCCAUCUCUUCAUUGUGGACGAAAACGAAAACAAGGAAAAUGUUGACAAACAGCAGCUACAAGAUCAAGAGAAUGGUGCGAACGACAUUGCUACAUCCUCAAAACCCGGCUCCAGCUGUUUGCCAAAAACGUCGGGAAUCUCAGUCGGCACUUCCGGAUCUUCCUCCUCCUCGUCCUCUUUUGUUCCUCCAGGUGCAAGAACAUUACCGCCUUCCACCUCGCAAGGUAGAGAACAACCAUCGAUAAACACGACAAAGAAGCGGCAAACAAGCGGUUCUGGCCUCUGCGGCCUGGGGGACAGUCGGGCUUCCAGAGGGAAACAAGAGGGGAGCGGGAGUACGAGCGACGCGACAACCGGAGGAACGAAAAAAAAGUCGGUUUUCCCUCCGAAUGCAAGCAUCAUCGACCGCCUUGCGCAGCAACACGAGCGAUUCUUGCGACAAACAGGCCGGCAAGCCGCGAUUAGGAGUGGUGCGAAUUCAACUACUAGAUGGAGAGACGAUUUUUCAGCUGGAAGGGAACAAGUACACAGAAGAGGAAAUUAUAGACCUCCAGGGCCUAGUACUCCUUCUGUUUCAGGACUUCUACCCACGGGUCCUCGUACAGCAGUAGAACGAGAAGUUCCACCUCCUUCCACAUCAACUCCAACCGAUCGAUUCCUGCACCGUUCGCGAAUUGUUUUGCUGAGGAUGUUUUUGCAGUUGAAGGUGGAAGAUUUGGAGCGGUUGGACAAGAGCAUUAAGCAGGACGUGACGCAACUGCUGAAAACCGCGGUGUCACACUGGGGCCAGAGGGAAGCGCUGCUGUUGCAGGCGAUCCGGGGACGGAGAAGGACCGACGCCGAGAUCCUUUCUUCUUCCUGCAUGACCUACUACUUCCUAGACAGCUACAACAGCAUCAUCACCUCCACACGGAUGUCGUCGAAUAACGGCGGUAGUGCUUCUUCUAACCAAGAGAUGAACCGACGUGCUGCUGCAAUUAUGGAAGAUCUUCGCGAUGGCGCAGAUGCAGGUAGUAAAUGCGACGAGGACCUCCAACAAGAGGAGCAUUUUUACCCGGAAGACGAAGACACCAUCAGCAGGAAAUACUGGGUCAGCAGCCUGUUGCAAUGGCACGCGGACCCAAAAAAGUGCGUGUCUGACCCGGAGACCGGUCAGUUCGUAUCCCCGCUGCAGACCGCGGAACGGAGAAACAUGGGGUUUUUGUUUGAAGAGCAUGUUGUUGGAUAGGAGCUCCCAUACCCAUGCGUCAAAAUCGUGGAUGGGGUGGGAUGAGAGGGUCCUGCGACAAUGAGGAUUGACUGCGAGUGCGACUUCGACCUCACUUAUUGCAGUGAUGAGAGUGACGAGCAUUGAAUCAGAAUCCUGCGGUUGGAGUUGGUCUCCCCCGAUAGUGCCGAUUUUGGUAUAGAUCCAACAACAUGGUCGACGGUCAUCUGCUGAAUAACGAUGACAAAGGGCACACCCACGAUGAAAAGCGUCUUGGUAGAUGAAGAAGUCGCACAACAAAUAUAACGAAGAUACGAAAUAGAUG